AUGGCGACAAAAAAGACAGACAUAGAGACUGCGAAGUCUGACAGCGCCUUCGAGAAUAUACCUAUUGAGGAAAAAGACCGAUUUCCUCCCGUUGACAAUAUCCGCAACCGGAUGUUCUUCGUUGUCCGUGAGACACUGCGCAAAGAAUUGAUGCGGGACGCACUUGGGGAACUUAUUAGACACCAUUUACCUAUUCUCGGUGCCCGGAUUGAAAAGGACGAAACUGGGCUCUUGGUGUACCGUAUGCCCAGUACAUUUUCCCACGGUUACAAAUUAUUUGAAUGGUCAGAGAACAGCAUAGACGCAACCCUAGAGUCAACUCAGCUGCUGCCCACCAGCUUGCCUCGUGAUGGAUCCCCCAUCUUCGGAUCAUUGUCUGUCCAAGACAUGGAAAACAAAUGGACGCCAUCGGAUUGGCCUGUCGAACGCCAAUUCGAGAAGGCGGAUACACCACUCCUCCUCGCCCACAUUACAAGCUACGCAGACGCCACGGUUGUUGCUCUAAGCUUGCCACAUAUUGUAUCGGAUGGGAUGGGUUUUGGAAGCCUCGUUACUGCCUGGCUUCAAGUCAUGGACGGCCAGACACCUGCCCCGUUCCUAAACCUCGAACCUGGCACCUUGAACGGCCCCGACGACAUUCCACAGGAAGAACUACGAAGAAAGAAGAAAUUCCGCGUGACCUCAAAAGCAGAGACUGCGGCCUCAUUGCUGGGCUUCCUACCCGAUCUCGUAAAGCAUCCUAAAGAAGUCAGACGGAUACUGUUCCUGCCCUCCACGCUGGUUACCGACUUGCGAAAUCGACACAACGAUGAUCUAAAAGCCAGAUACGGAAAGAACACGCCAGCGCUAAGUGACGGAGACAUUCUGAUUGGCAUCCUUGCCAAAUUCGCAUAUAUAGGUCGCAAAUCGGCCAAAAUGGUGACUCUGACGUCUGCCGUCAACGGCCGCGGACUCCAUCCAGCGCUCCCUGCAAACAAGCCAUACCUUCACAAUUGUGUCACCUUUGCCAUCGGCCGCUUGCCUAUUUCCAACAAAACUCCCCUCUUGGAGAUUGCCCAUGCUCACAACCAAGCCGUCUGGGAGGCAUUCAAGGUGGAAAACAUUGAACGAGACUUGGCUGUGACGAGGGAAGCCUGUCGUCGAGGAGCCUUUCCCUACUUUUGCGAACCGCUCGAGAUGGCCUUCUUCACAAGCAACUGGUCUGGGGCAUGGCAUCAAGCGAAUUUUGCGCCGGCGGUAGUUCGAAAGGGAGCCGAUGCUACUGGCACCAUUCCUGAUGUGGUUACGCCUCUGGUGUUUGGGCAAGCUCGCCGUCUGCGAAAUAAUUUCCUCAUGAGAUACGGCUCUCAGAUCAUGUGCAAGGCCGACGGCGGAUAUUGGUGUGACUUUACCGCCUCCACCAAGGGAAUGGAACUGGUGCAAGAUCUUAUUAGGCUGGACCCGAAGCUGCAUAGUUUGUAG